AUGUUUGAAGGUCUACUUGCGCCGAUAGGUCACCAUACGAGCUACUGGAUGUUGGGAGGGAUCAUUGUUUGUGGGAUCAUUGACAAAGCAAUAAGAGCCAGGAGGAGAAAUCCUCGACUUUUGCCUCGUCCUCCUGGUCCCAAAGGUCUUCCGAUCUUAGGAAGUGCAUUGGAAAUGCCUCGCGAACAACCGUGGCUUGUAUACGAUCAGUGGUUCAAGGUUUACGGAGAUAUGGUGUAUUUCGAAGUUCUCGGGCAACCGUUCCUUGUUCUCGGGUCUCUCAGAAGGACCACCGAUCUUUUCGACAGGCGAUCUUCAAUCUAUUCGGAUAGACCACGAAUGCCAAUGCUGAUUGAACUUAUGUUCGCCGCUACUAUCAUGAGAGUGGUUUACGGCAUUAGAAUCAAAGAUUCAACAGAUCCAUCCGUAGCAGCUGCCGAAAAAGCACUAGAAAUUUUAAACACUGCAGGAACCCCUGGGGCAUUCCUCGUGGAUGUGCUUCCAAUCCUCAAAUAUGUCCCUUCUUGGCUUCCUGGUGCUGGAUUCAAAAAGAAAGCGGCUAAAUGGAAGAAGUACAAUACCCUAAUCGUCGAAAGACCAUUCCAGCGCGUUGAAGAAUUGCUGAGGGAGGGCGAAGCACUACCCUCCAUGGCAUCUGCACUCUUAGAACGAUUACCCGAGCGGAACGAUCCGUCUUAUGUUGAAGAGAGGAAACUCGGUCAGAAUGCCACCUGUCUUGCAUAUCUUGGAGGUGCAGAUACGACACUUUCUGCAGUUCACUCAUUCUUCUUAGCAAUGAUACUGUAUCCCGAGGUACAAAGGAAGGCCCAGGCAGAGCUGGAUUUAAUCGUCGGCCAGCACCGUUUGCCAGAUUUUAGCGAUUAUGAUUUUCUACCGUACAUCAAUGCUCUGGCAAAAGAAACGAUGCGCUGGCACUUGGUAACGCCCCUUGCUAUUCCACACAGAUGCACAGAAGACAAUGAAUACGACGGAUUCUUUAUUCCCAAAGGAACGAUCGUAAUGGGAAAUGCCUGGACAAUUCUCCACGAUCCAGUGGCCUAUCCAAGUCCCUCGGAGUUCCGGCCAGAAAGAUUCUUGAAGGAUGGUAAAUUAGAUCCAACUGUAAGAAGUCCAGAUUGCGCUGCCUUUGGAUUCGGCCGUCGUAUUUGUCCUGGAAGGCACAUGAGUAAUAACUCGCUAUACUGUGUCAUCUCUUCCUUCCUAGCCGUGUAUAACAUUAGCGCACCGUUGGAUUCCCUUGGGAACCCAGUAGAUGUGCAACCAGAAUUCAACGAUGGCCUGGUCUCUUUCCCUCUACCAUUCAAAUGCACAAUCAAGCCUAGAAGUCCUCAGGCCGAGGCGUUGAUUCGCAGUGGGAUUGAAAUGGAUUGA